AUGGGUCAAAUGGUCAAGACCCCGACCGGCACCGCUCCUAACAGCACCCUGUCCAAGAGACGUCGCUUCCAGCCCCCAAUCACCAGUUUCUUCUCCGCAGCCUCGGCAGAGUCGGGCUCAUCGGAUGCCCCUUCCGUGACACACGACAAUUACUCUGCAACCACCUUCUCCUCGACGCCAGUCCUCCCUGAAAAAGUGCAGCGGAAUCUCAUGCAAGUGGGUGCGCGAGUCCGUAAGUCAAUGGCCGAAGGGUACAAAACACAGCUCUCGAUGAAGGCCGAAAAGCUUCAUGACACCGUCACUCCGGCCGAACCCCGUGUCGCAUCACCAUCUCUUCACCAGACCUCCAAUCACAUCUCUCAUACCCCGCGCCGCGCAGAGCUUGCGCCCUUUUCUGGAUUCUCAAAAACCAUGCACGACCCAUACUCUGUCAUGACCGACGAUGGGGAUGCCUACUCCUUGCCCCCUAGUAGCCAGGAAUCGAUGUUAUCGACCGAUUCAUACUCUGGUAAUGCGAAUGGCCAGAAGCGUGGACUGGACUUUGAGGAUGAUGCAUCUCCCCAAGGACAAUCCGGAGCCGAGGCCUGGACUGGACGUGUCUACCUGUCGCCGCGAGGCCGUUUGUCAACCAACAUUAGCCCGAGACCUUCGGGUAUGGACGUUGAUGAUUUCGAAGAAGCUUCUUUCUUGCGGCAACAGGAAGAGGUCGACCAGGAAUAUGGGGGCAUGGAAUUCGCUUGA